GUGAAGAUCACGAACGAAGACAGCAUUUCUUCAGGGAUGCCUCUUCUGGGAAAGAAAUCCUACAAGCCGAGCCCGCUUCCCAAAGAUCUAAAGUCAGAAGAAGAAGUAUUUGUGAUCAAGGAGACGAAUGAAGUAUUCAGGUCGUACGAGUAUCCUUUUGUGUUUCUUGAAAGCGGGCUUUAUUCUGUGACGCGCGCUAUCGAUGCGCUUGCUAGUGGCGGUUGCUGUGUUGUUCAUUGUUUCUUUAGGCUUAUUAUAGACGUAAUCAGCGACACUCUACUUAAAGGUUGAUUGAAUUUUUUCUUCAAGAACGAAAUUUAUGGGGGUCGUUUUUGCGCGAGGAAAAGUAGAAAGUUGUUUCGUGCGUCCAUCGUGGUACGUGGAUGUGAUGGAAGGCCGGUGAACUUUAGAGCAGGCCUCGCUUCUUAGCGGUUCGGUUCAAAGUGUUUAGAUGCUUGAUGAGUCUUUUGCUUUUAUUAAUAGCCGCCGGCUCUGUAUAUUCGAUAAAAGUCAGAAAUACUUCACUAUCUAUAUUUUGCCAUACAGUAUUUUGCUGUGAGAUUUUCAGGAGUUUGAAUGCGCAAAGGCUUUUGGGAUUAUUGUCCUAACCACAAAUGCAAACUGGAUGAAAAAAAAAAAAGAAUUUUUUGCAAUUCUAUUGCAUCUGCCAAUAAUAUUGAAGUAAUAUUUUGAAAGGAUAGGUACUUUCUGUAGAAGUCCACUCAAUAGGUAAAGAAAUACAUCAAUACACUUCUUUAUUGAAGAACUAGUAAUUUUUUAUUUCUCUUAAGAUCAACUCUCUAGCAGUCAGUCUCAUCAUUAGUCUGGAUACCCCCAAUAUACACAGACAGCAUCUAAAUCCCAGGAAAAUAUAUCAUCGGGGCUGUUGGGGCUGGUUUUUUAUUACCUGUGAGGAGGCCAGCCAUUUUGCCAGGGGUCAUUUUCAAAAUCUUGAUUGGUUUGGUGGGGGGUGGGGGUCAUCUUAAUAAAUUUUAUGAAAGUAGUACAAAUCAAUAACGAGUGUAAAUGGAACAGCUGUUACAUUCAAUUAUUGAAUUCAAUUAUUGAAUGUAACAGCUGUAAAUGAUAAACACUGAUCUUAUAAUCUUCACUGUAGAUAAAGUAUAUGGUGAACUUUGGCCGUGGGGGGGGGGGAGGUACUUUAGGAAUUUUUCUGGGUGGGAUGUGCUGCUGGGACCCUGCAACUCUUAACCUAUACCAGAGCUAGUUCAGCUGAAUUUUGUUACCCUAUACUAGACUAUACUCCCCAAAUCCCCCCUAUCCUAGAGUAGCUGUUUUCCAGAAACUACUGAGGUCACUAGCACAGUCUAGCCAAAACAAAACCGAUAGAUAAAAUCUUCAACGAACUGAUCAGUUUCCUGAAAAGUGAUACCCUAUUCUAGACCCAAACGCCCUGAUUUAUAUACCCUAUCCUAGAGUAAACUACUUGAAAACUAUACCCUUCACAGCGGCACAUACCUAUAUAGCCCAUAAUUAUAUGGUAGUACCCCGGGACUUCGGCACAAUCUGUGGCUAGAAUAUGUUUAGUUUCCACAGGCGUAAGGUGGGAGGUCACGUAAAUCACAAUGUGUUAAAUUUGUAGGUUGUCAUUUCUAAAAAGCUACAAUUAUGUAGGAUGAAUUGUUGUGUCGGUUUCAUAAUGGCUGGCCCCAUCAUCACAGGUAAUGAAUGACCAGCCCUUUUAUGGAAACUAACUGGUGGUCCAGAACGUGUUCAGAGGUUGAAAGGUGAAUGCAUUAGCCUAGGGCCUAAGAUUUGGGAAAAAGAAAAAUAGUGGUUCGCAGUUAGCCUCUAAGUUGACUGAGGAUAAUAAUAAUUUUAAAGUCAGUUCAAUUUUGAGCUGUAUUAAGACAAAUUAACCACUGAAUAUACCCUUUAGUCUGAGCAUAAGUUAUAUUAGCCUUCCUUGCUUAGAUUCCAACAGUACUAACUUGUCUCAAAAUUUACAACCUGGAUUAUUUGUUCUUAACACAAUAAAGUGAAUAUGUUAAUCGUAUAAUACUGUAUGGAUUCCAAGUUUGGAGCUGCCAGAUUACUGGCAAAACAAACCUAAAAUAUGGAGAAGCAGUAGCAAGUGAAGAACAAGCAUUGAAAAGGCUGGAAAAUUUCCCAAAAUAUUUGGAAAAACCAGUUCUGCAGAUUGUUCACCAUAGUAAGUUAUUCUGUUAGUCAAGUUUGUGUGUCUAAUCAAAUGGUAGUUGAAAUUUAUUCCCUUGCACUUUCACAAGUACACCAUUUGAUGUGUAUUAAUAUUAUGCUCCCAACUGUGGGUUUUUGACAUGUAGCUGUGAUGAUGAAUAAUUCUUUUAGCCCAUAAGAUGAAAACCUAGGUAAUGAAGCCACUUUGGUCUGCUCUUUUGGUGCUUGUAUUUACUGGGUUUCUUCAAACCUAAUUGUUUUUAUCUGCUUUGUUAAGGUUCAAGCGGACUGCAGACCCUUGCACAACAUUGCUACAAACACCUGGAGAAGGAAUUUGUUGAAUAUGAACCAGUAGAAUUUUGGGACAAUGAAAAGUGGUAAGUAUUGUGGCUCAGUAGAUAAAGUUUCUACAGUUGACUCUCCCUUAAUAAACACAUCUACAGAUGUAGAAGAUGGACACCUUGGUAGAAAGGACGCAUAGAGUUGGUCCCUGCCUUUCUUUAUUCCCUACAUUUUACUCUCUAUAAGACGGACAUCUAAGGUUCUUAGCCAGUGAGAAGACAUUUAUGAUGUAUAUUAAGUACAAUGUACAAUGAUAAAUAUUAUUGAUUAUUAUUGAUUUUAUUGCUAAAUCUUUAUACAAUAUUACUUAUAUUUAGAUGACAACAUUAUUGGGGCAGUGUGAAAAGAAAGUCAGCUUGACAGCUUGCCAUUUGGGCAAGCUGUAGCUAGCAUGUGCUAGCCCAAGGGUCAUUUGAACUAGCCUGAAAAAUUUUUUGGAAGAGCAGGAUUGAUCACAGAUCUUCUGUAAGAAAUUGAAUUCCCCCAGAAAACUUCACUGGCCCAUCAGGCAAGUUGAGAACGGAAUUCACUGCCCAAUAGCAAAAUCCACUAGCCUCGGAUUAUAUGACAUGACUUUCUUUGCAUGCUGUUGGGGGCGCAGAAAACCUAUUGAGUUAACUUACUUUUUUGCUUAUACACAAGAACUUUACACAUUGUUUUUUGCCAUUUGUAAACAGGAAACAAGGUAGAAUAUUUAGAGUUCAUGAAAAGAACAACCCUAGCAGUGUCUCUGGAAAUGUAAGUAAACAUUGCAGCAUGUCUCUUAACUCCUCUUCUGCCAACAGUAUAUUUUGUGAAACACUGGCCAGGAGGAUGUGUCCCACUGUGUACUGCCACUUACAAGCACCACUCCCCCCCUCCUGCACUUACACAUACAAGCCCUCCCACCUCCCAGUUAUUGACUCAUGUACCUGCCUCUAGCCAGGGUUCUCAGUAGAUUUGUAAGUAGGAGGUGAUCACUGAUAAGGUAGGAGGCUCUUCAGCAAAGCCAGAGGUGUCAAAACAAAGCAAAGAAAAGCGACUUAAACACAAAAAUAAAUCCCAAAAUUUAUUGUGAUGAACCCUGCUCUAGCUUGUUGAAUCUGAUGUGUUGAAUCUUCAUUUAUUAAAAACCAGUACUGUAGGUGAAGACACAUUGUUAUCAACACUGCUAUAGUUUGUUUUGAUGUGCUUUUUUAACGCUGGUUAGAAACCCCUUGGAUGUAAACCCCAUCAUCUAUAAGUCCUCUUAAAACCCCUAACAGAGUAUAGACCAUGGCUUGUUAGCAGCAGUUUACAGUAUGUAAUUGUAACAGGACAGGGUGGUCAGAGAGCAGGAACGAGAAGGAUUUGAGGAUUUUCCCUUAUUUAUUUAUUUAAAGCUCAAAUCCAUCAGCAAUACAGCAACAGUAAAAAUAUAAUAAGUGGGAAUGACCAUGGUUUCCAUUAAGAAUUCUAGUAGCAGGGGAAAGGUGUUGUUGUUACAGGAGAAUACUGUAAAAUUCCAAAAAUAAGCCCCAGGGCUUAUAUUUUUCAAAGGCCCUUUUUGAGGGGCUUAUUUUUGGAGAAGCUUAUAUUCGGAGGGGCUUAUCUAUGGAGGGAAAUUUGUAUUUCAAAAUCAAUUGGGUUAGCCUUAUAGUUGGAAGUAAAUUUACCGUUUCUGCUUUGUUAUACUUUGUAUUUGAGGGCAAUUUUCCCAGUACAAGCCCCUGGGGGACUUAUAUUUGGAGGGGCGAUUUAACAGAGAGCUUUUUGCAUUACUGGUUUGGAGGGCUUAUAUUUGGAGGGGCUUAUACAUGGAGGAGCUUAUUUUCGGAAUUUUACAGUAUUUUGAAAGAGGCUCAAUGUCUGAAUAAAAAAUAAAAAAAAUAAUCCUCCUCGCACAUUAGCCAGAGAAUUCUGUGUAACAAACAGAGAAUUCUCUGAUCUCCGAUACCUAAUGAACACCCUGAACAACUAAAAGAUUAUUCCUUGCUAGAAGCAAAUUCACUUCGUAACUUCAAGACUGCUGUCCCUUCAGUAUGAUCUCCAGAACUCAACUCAAUUACUGCUAAAACGUGCCUCUGUUUAUACGAGAGUAUCAAGCAAGGAACAAACAAUAAUAAUUGUUUGCGCGUAACAAAAACAGUAAGAGGUGUUCUGCCAAACCAGUUUAACCACAGUAAAUUAGAACAGCAGGAUUUCCUUAGGUUAAUCCCAUUAUCUUAAAAAGAUAAGGUCAAUUAACUGAUUUCAGUACAUCUACUGAGAAGAAACCACAAAAAGCUAAUAUCUGCUACCACAUUUUGGCAUUCAUGCAUGUUUAGAAGCAAAAUGAUAAAAAGUAUUGUGUUUCUGGAUAUAAUGAAAAACAGUGAUUAAUCAUGGGUUUAGUGACCCUGUCACAUAAUACCAUUAUGUACCAGAUUAAAGCACACUAACCCUUUGUUAGCUAAUGCGAAUGUUAGGCAUGUUGAAUGACUCCAAUAGAACUCUCAUUAUAAUAAGUAAUAAUAUUUUCGUUCAUGAAAUCGUUCUUCCUGAGUUUUGCUGUAUCCACAGAAGUGUAGAUAUUUUAAAGACUAUUUUUAAGGUUAGUUGUUGGAAAAGUAAAGUUUUUCAUUUUGUUUUUCAAUAAUUGUCAGUUGUUUUAUAAUAAAUAAUUUGCGGAGAAGAUAGGGGUUGCAGGUGAGAAGUGUAAUGGUACAAUGCACAGCUGUUCGUAUUGAUGCCUCAUCAGGAGAAUCUUGCAAACGCCAUAUUCUCCAAGUUUUAAUUGCAUUAAUGUUAGUGAGAGAGAUAUGUAUGAUAAACAAUGAAAUAGAGGUGUACAUUUAGUUUUCCAAAUUUCUUGUCAGAUUUCCAGUACCUCUCUCUCCAGUAGCUCUCCAUCUAGUGAUAAGGAAAAUGCAAAAAGCGAGAUGCCAGGAUCUUUUGUUAAAAAGGUACAAAGAAUUUACUGCCUCAUUCUGCAUCUAGGAAUAUCUUUAUUAGUAUUUUCACUAUCUGGAAAGGCCUACGUGUACAUACAAACGUGCUGUAACUUUGAAUCUGAAUCAUUAUCUUUGAAUAAGUACAAUAAUAGUUAUUGUACGUAUUAAUAAUAUUUUAUUCUAUUGCAUUUUAUUGCCUAUACUGUAGUUUAUUUUACUCAAGAAAGAAUGUUGGUGCCUAUAUUAUGGCUCUUAUGACUCACACUGACUACCUAGCAAAAGGGAAAUUAAAAAGUUGUCUUGUCUUGUUCUUUUUAUAUUCUUCUGCAAUUUUAGACAUUACACAGACUAACUAGACAUGACACCAUGAGUGAUUUUUGUGAAUAACAAAAAGCCGUAAAUAUAUUUGUGUGCUGGAUGUGGUAAAAUUAAGCCCAACAAUAAAUAACCUUAUAGGGAUUGCUUUAUGUGGACAUUAACAGACUGACUAACAGACUGUUGUGAGUUGAUAUAGUGGCAGUGUUGGGACAGCUCUUUGAUCUAGUUUUAAACCAAUCCUGAUUUGUACUUGUAGAGUUCUGAGGCCCUGUUUGACAUUAAGUGUGAUGGUACAUCUGGUUGUAUAGAGGAAGUUAAGUCUUGCAAUAUUAGGUAAGAUAUUAAAUUUUCAAUUAGUAGAAUAUUGUAAACAAUACAAUUGAAUUAAAUACAGUCUGUAAGUUCAAGCAUGCAAUAUAUUUUGGAAGAAGAAGUCUAACACCAGAAAGCUUAGAAAAUUCUGAGCUCCAGGUGAGAAUCAAACUCACAACCCUCCAAGUUCUAGUUUGAAUGCUCUCACUGCUGAGCCACUGGAGGCUCUGUGGAAAGCAGGGUUGAAAUUUAGUUAAAACUGCACCCUGUCAUAGAGGACUGUAUCAGGGACUUGCUUGAAAUCGGCCAUCCACCAAUGUACAAGAUCAAGAAUGUUCAAUAUAAUUUGGAAGAAGGGGAAAUCUAACACGAAAAAGCUCUGAAAACAGACUGUGCAGUUUGGGAUAAAAUUAAUCUCUAUCAAGUGGAUAACGUAUAUGUAAUAAUUGUUUCCCUAACACUUUAUCCACUGUAUAGUGAUUCAUUCCGUAAAUAGCACUAUGUAGUAUUUCAACAACCAGGGCCAGGAAACAACUGAUCAACAUUUGGACAUUUUGUUUUUAUAGACGUUUGAAGAAGCUUCCGUCAGUAGAGAUGCUAAAAUUGUUUAUAAGAGCCAACACUGAAAAUGCUUGGAACAGUGAUAAUAGUCCAUGGCAAGUCAAGGUAACAGAAAAUUGAAUAUAUAUAUAUAUUUUUAUCUUUACCCAUUACUGUGUAAAGAAUAAAGUACAUUUUAUAGAUACAUGGCAGGAGAUCUGAAACUGAUAAAAAACGAAAAACAGUUUAAAACAUAAGAUCUGAAAUCCUUUUCUACUUUCUCUGUAAGUUUCUGACAUUGAAGGGUCUAUUUUAUCAUAGGGUUUCCUUCAUCUUUUUGAGUCCAGAGAAGAAUUAAUCAGACAGGAGAAAUUUCUUAAUAAGUGAUUUGCUGUUAACUGUAAUUCGUUUUGAUUAGAGCAGUAGGCCACGGUGCAAUUAUUCUUAGGUGGAGGGAAACUCAUGGUUAAAGAUAAUGUUAAAAAGGUACUGUUUUUCUGAUACCUUCUAGCCUUCUUGGGUAACUAAGGAUUACAAGGAUAAGACCGUAGGCUCCUGUCUAUCCCACAGAUCCCUGUGUUCUUACUCUUGUGGGAUGUACAUGUAAGAGUAGACAAUGUAGACUUCAUGUUGCAGUGCAUGAGUCACUCGUGAAUUUGAUUGGAGUGUGGUAGGAAUUUGACAGUUUUUUAAUUUUGUUUUGUUGCUUCACUCUUACAGAAUAAGGCCAAAAAAUCCAAAAAAUAAUAUAUAAAAAACCAAACUGAAAUCACCACUGAUUUCUUGGGUCAACCCUUUUGCAAGUAGAUUUAUAAAUAGAAUGGCUCUUUUCCCCAGGAAAGUGUUGUAUCUCGGCAAGCCUCUUAUUUCACUAUGAAAAAAUAAAGGUGGAUGAAGGCAAAAUCUACAGUAACCUGUCCUUCAACCAUUGUUCUUUUUAUUAGAUGUCUUUUUUUCAAUUUUUAAGUCACUGGGAUCUGGGUAUCUAAGGUUAAUGAAUUACCAGACUGAGUAUGAAGCGAUGUGAUACAACAUGAGAGGAGCAAACUGAAGAUCACUGAAAGUUGUCUUUGUGAGUGGUUUUGAGUUUUGCCUCCUACAUUCUCCAUGUAAUCACUUUGAAAAGUUUUGAUGAUGAAACAUUCUGAGGAUGAAUUGACCCUUUUUGAUGGUCAGCGCAGAAAAAGUGCCAGAAUCAUUGGAUUUUGGUCAUCUUUGUGGAGUUGAUUUUGCCAGCUCAUGUAACAGAUCAGCUUCAUGGCCUUGUGAUAUGAGCCAAGCAGCCAAAAUUAUGAUUUACACAGUCUCCACAGCAUAAUCUAUCCGCUAGAAAGAAAAAAUAGAAAAUGUUCCAGAGCAAAACGCUAAGGUCAUGUCUCAUGAGCUUAUGAUUGGGUUUGGCCUGUUAACACUGUAUUUCCUGCACAUUAAUGUAGAUCAAUAGCAUUGAAAUUACUUCGUUGUGAUUGGUUCUUUUCACUGUCAAUGUGCGAAGCCUCUUCUUGGAGCCAUUCUAAUAAUAUUAUAAAUCUACUCAGGAAAGGGUUGACUCCAAGGGUUUGUAUGGGAGAUAUACCUGCUUCUACUAAUGGGCUCCUGCUUCUACCAAUACACUUCCGGAAUUUCAACAACAGGUUUUUUUCCUGUAGUCUUAGUGAGGGGCUUGUGCUUACCUUAUUAAACUUUUUUUUACAAAAAAAUGUAAGCCCUUGGAAUUUUUUAUAUCUUUCAAUUCUUCAGACUGAAUUGGUAAAGAAAUAUUCCCUAGUUGACAAAUUACAAGAUUUUUCCUUGGCUGUCAAUGUAAAGGUAAGUUAUGUGGCAAUCCAAAAUGCCAAAAAGCUCAAAAGUCCUUACCCAAAUUUAACUAUUUAGGCACAAUGGAAUAAUCACAUGUGAUGAGUUACUAUAUGGUAAUGUUGGAAGACUACAGUCGACUCUCUCUUAAUGGACACCUCUAUAAGACGGACACCUCUGUAAAACGGACACUUAGAGUUGGUCGCUGCCUUUCUUUACUCCCUUUAUUUGACUCUCCAUAAGACGGACACCUCUCUAAGACGGACACUUAGUGAUGGUCCCAAAGGUGUCCGUCUUAGAGAGAGUUGACUGUAUUAAUACUUUUUGUGAAUUUUUUUUAUUCCUUGAGGUCAGAUUUGUACCCCUUCUCAUCUCUUAUCUAACCUGUUAAACCUGUUUACUACAUUACUGCACAAUAUGCUCAAAUAUUUUGUACAUAAGUAUAAUUCUUGCCCUCUACUUAUUUAUUUGUUAAACAAUGAGGUCGCAAAUAGCAAAUAUAUUUUAUAAUUAUUCUUAAUGUUUUCUUUGUUAGAAAAUGACCCCUAUGUCUAAGAAUUCAAUAGAAGGUGGUAAAAAUGCCGAGAAAAAAAAGAAGAGAGUUUUGGAUGAGAGCACUAGACAUGGUAAAUCUAAAAUAAGCAAGUCAGAUCCUUCACAGAGAAAACUAGAUUCCUUUAGAACCAGCACAGACAACACUUCCAAGCACACGGCAAAAAUCACUGGAACUCCUCGUAAACAAGUUGAACUUAUUAAAGUUGGCUCUAGUGGAAAGAAAGAUGAUGGAAUGACACCUUCUGGGGAACUCCGUGGAACUCCUGUGAAAUGUCGACUGGUGUUAACUCCUGUGAAGUCUCCUUACAGUGGAACUAGUAAGAGCCCAGCAAAUAAGAAGAUGAACCUUAAGGCGUACUGCCAAACAAAAGUAGAUUUGGUUACAGUUGAAGACAACGCUGAUGACAUUGCAAUUAUAGGAUCUAAAAGUCCUAAAACAAUAUCUAAAUCUUGUAAAAAGCUAACAAAGCCUCCCAAGAGUGGAAGUGCAAAGAAGGCUCUGAAAGGUAUAGAGGAACCAAAAGAAAAGUUGGUGAAAGAUGGAAAAUCGUCUAGGAAGCUUGACUUGAAGGGAAAUGAGCAGAUCAUUAGCAUAACAGAAUCAGAAAUAGAAACAAGAGAACCAAAUUCAAAGGAAGUGUUAAAGAAGUCUGUGCUAUUGGAUCUUGCAGGUGAUUCGAGGGACGAGUUUGAACCUUCUCCCAAAAAGGUAAUUUUAACAGUUUUCUAGAAUAACAAGGUUUGUGUAACUGUUUCCUGGUUAGCCCAGGUGGUUGAACUCCAGUGUGCAGAUCUGAAGUUUGCAAGUUUGAGUUCUGAUUGACCCCAAUCGUGAGGUUCGCUUGCUCAAAUGGCCAGUUACAAUCAAUAAUUUUGCUCUCGGCUCAUAGCCGAUGGUUUUACCUUUUUUUUGGGCAGCUUGAGUCUAGCGGGAAGACCCUGACUUUCAGGGUCUCGGCUUAUAGGUGAAGAAAUACGGUAAGUUGACAAUUUAUGCACUGGUAAUCCCAUCCAUAACCUCACAUUGCAUUUUGAAAUGCAUACUUUAAACAAAUAAUUAAUAUUGUGGCUUCUGCUCUGAUUCCUUAAUUCAAGUGAACCUUGAUGAUUACUCCUCAGCUUCAUUUACACUAGUUUGGCCUCAAAAAUGUUUAUUUCCAGCUGCAAUAAAUGGUUGCUUCUUCCUUUCUUUAGCUUCAAGUUAGAGUCUCACCUGUCAAGGCAAAGCAGUCUGCUGGGAAAUUAAAACAAACCACAUUAUUUGACCAGACUAAGAAAUCAGAAGAUGAAAAGGCUGUCAUGACAUCACUCAAGAUUAAGGCAAAGAAACAGAAAACCUUGGCUGAAAUGUAAGUUUGUUGUCUAUUGUCAUGAUCUUUUUGUUGUUGCUUACAGUGUUGUGGCUUUGUGUAUAUGAAGCUUAUGAAAACUCUAUUUUUAGGUUUAGUGCUGCCAUACAGAAUGACAAACACAGGACACUGUCUAACCUCAUCAAGAAAACAGCUCAAGAAGUGUCUUCUCCUAGCAGCCUUAAUCUCAAUCUUGCUACCCCACAACAGGAUUUUUUGAAAAAGAAAUGGAAUGAACACAAAGAAAGACUAGAAGGGUGAGAUAAUCACUUUAAUUGUUAUGAUAAUAAUAAUAACUUAAUUAUCUUCGCCCCUCAUGGGGCUUUUCAGGAAUAAUGAACCAAUAAUUCAGUUGGAAUAUAAUAUGGAUAAGAAUCUCAGCUGGUAGUAGGAGGUGAACCAGUUGGCUAUUUACAAGCCUGGUCAAGGAUUUUAAUUCAGGGCUACCAUGAGCAAAUCCAGUCAGUGGUCAGGGCAGAACCUGGAAUUUGCCACCUCCAGAUUACAUGUCCAGCACUUUAACUCCUUGGCCUCCAGAUUUUUUUACCCUCAAGUCCGGGUGGGGGGGGGGAUGAUACCUUUCAGAGGGCUCGUAAGUUUAAAAUGACUGCUGUUGACGUUAGAGCCCUCUAGAGUGAGUAGUGUAGGAGCUGCUUGUAAGGUCUCUCCUAAUUGGUUGCAGGAAACAGUGACAUGUCAUUCUUCCCAUUGUUUUAGUAUUGUUUGGGGUCAGGAAACACACCAUUGGUGGCUUGUCUUCCGAGCAGCUGCUACGUGACCCCUCUAAAGUAUUGAGCAGAAAAUUGAAGGAAAUUGUUUGUUCCUUAAUGAAUUGUAUUUAUCGCCACUUAAAACUGUCAGUGGCAUCAAGUCUGUCGUUUUUGGAAUACUGAUUUCUAUGUUGCUCUAUGUUGUCGUCAAUGGGAACUCCUUGAGUCAGGAUACUCAUGACACAUCUCUGUUAUCUUAUUUGAAAUCUUGACUGUUUGGAAUUUUUUCAAUGCUAAAAUGUUCAUUUUUUUGUACUUUUUUUUCUAUUGUUAGGCAGCUCUUUAAGAAGAUGCAACAUAGUGUCAGGAGCAACAUGGUCAGACUAUUUUUUAUCAUUUGAUUUUGCUUAGUUAAAAAUUAUUUAUCCUUUAGGCUAUUGUGAUUAUUGAGUUUUUGUUCCUGAUUUUUGCUUAGAUUUUUGCAAUGACAUGAUGCUCUCUUGCAGAAACAAGAAGAUAAUGAGCUGGUCAACUUAAAGCCUCUUCCUACUGCCAAACCAGUAAAUUUACCAGAUGGAAUCACAGCUGAAUUAUACGGCGAUAUUGCAAUGUUGACUGAGUUUGUUUACACCUUUCAAGAUCUUCUCCUACCCAAGGAAAAAUUGUACAUCUCAACAGGUACAAAUUGUUUUCAUCUUUUCUUUUUUGUAGUCGUUUGUUUAGUCAAAAUAAUCGUACUGUUUUUUCUUUUGUAGAUUACCUGUCAGAGGCUUUGGUGGGUGGUAGGCAAGGCUUUUCCCUGUUGUCACAGAUCUUGGUCAUCUUUUUGCAGAUUCUUCUACAGGAGAGAUCUACAAAGGUUAGUUAUAUACAGAGGUGUCAUUAAGCGCCGUAACCCGUAACUUCUGUUACGGCUGAACUCACUGAUGUUACAGGUGACCAAAGUGGAAAGCUAAAGGAGGCACUAUAAAUUUUUGUGAGAUGUUACGGGUGAAUCUCCUUUUGCUACUGCUGCUGAAAAACUUAAUGACAGCCCUGAUAUAUUCAUUCAUGAAGAAAUGCAAAGUGAAAAAAAAAUUGUGUGCAGGGUGAUGGGAGGGUUUGUACAUACACUCCUAUCAACGCCCUUUUUUUUUCUUGGAAGAAACCUACCCUUUGGUUUUAUAUUCGUUUUGUUUCCUAUAAAAGUAGCCGAAGUUUGUGCCCAAAGCAGGGCUCAAAAAAAAACUUGGGCAAGCUGCUCCACUCUCUCAUUUCGCUUGCUCAGGGAAAAAUGUUAAUCAUUUUGUUAGAAGAUAACUUACCUGGACCAUUUCCCAUCGGGCAAGUGAUCUUUAAACGUUACUUGCCCAGCAAGAAAAUCUACUAGUCCAGGACUUCCUGACGAGACUUUUUUCAAGCCCUGUGAAGUCCCCCGCCCUUAAUGACAGCCCUGCAUAUACUUAAUAUUAAUUUGUAGUAAUGGUGCUAUUUUUUAGGGAAAAGAGAUGGAUGUGCAGCUCUCAGAAAUGCCAGUGACGCAGUACUCGGCUUCUGAAGUAUCCCGCCUUUAUCUUAACUCGAAGCUCCAAAUAUUAACAGCUUACUCAGAAGACAGACAACUCCAGCAAAUCUUAGAAACAUUAGAACAUGAAGAAUUGUACGACCUCACCCCUGAAGAAAAGCUAAAGGUAUUGUGUAUUGACUUACUAAAGGUGGCUACCUAUGGCUCAGCUUAAUAGCCUGUUCUAUGUUUUUUUAAAUUAAAAACUUGCCAGUGUGAAGUGGUAUGUCUCAAAUGAGAAAGAUAUAACUGCGCAAAGUUGCAAAAUUUUACAGAGAUUUGUAUGGUGGGGCACGAACUUGCAUUGUGAUGUUUACAUCCAUUUUAAGAUAAUAUUGAAUAAUAAUAAUAAUAAUAAUAAUAAUAAUAAUAAAAGCAUUAUACAUUCUGCGUGAUGAAUCAGCCUACAGCAAGAGCCAUAAUAGGUCCUAUUAUGGCUCUUGGCCUACAACUGAUGUUAACUCAUGUGCAGCAUAAUCGAAAAAACGAAAAUCUAUACAUAAUAUAACUAAACACUUACAAGCAACACUAAUAAAAAAGAGUAUUAUUUAGCUCCUUUAGAAACAAAAUUUAUGAGCACUGUGUAAGCUGAUGCAUUGUUGUAUGCAGAUCCUGGUAACCCUGUGUCAUGAGGUAUUGGCAUCUGAUGCUUUGGAUGACUACAUGGAAAGUCUUUUUGCUCAAGCAACGCAAAUAAGGUACUUAAAUAGUGACUUUUAGUGUUAUUAUGCUGUGUUUUAAUAUACAUUGAUGAUAAACGGAGUGAGCAGAUUAAUGUUGGAGUUACGAGGGUGAAAAUAUUAGUGUUUAGAGUCAUGAGAUUACCAGGGGGUGCAGUUACCAUUUACACAAACCACCCGGAUGGAAAUCUUGUGCAUAAACAUAACAAUAUAAAAUAUGACAUGGUGGGGAAAUAAAGCCGGCAAAAAAUAUAUCCAAAUCAACUGAACAGGUGAGGGAAAAGAGUGGGAAAAUUGCAUCACCUCAAACCACAGCCCAUAUUUUCUGAAGCUUCCCAAACGGAAUGGCCCGAACCAGUUGAUUUUCCAACCGGUUUUUCCGGUUUUCCCGUGUUAAAGGGAACCUCCACUCUUACUACAGAACAAGUUUAAAUCGAAUAAAAUUAUGUUGAUAAACAAAUUUGUUCGAAAUUUGUCUUAAAAAAAGUGUUUAUAUCAGGAAAAGUGAAUUUUAAAAUCGCUUAUUUUCACUUUCAAAUUUCGCGGGCGCCGCCAUCUUGAAUAAUUGUGACGUGUUACGGUUGCUCUAUUGUUCUGACACAAAGAGCUUUUGUUUAAUAACAAUAGGGCAACCUUUACACGUCACAAUUAUUCAAGAUGGCGACGCCCGCAAAAUUUGAAAACAAAAAUAGGCGAAUCUAAAAGUUAUUUCUUUCGGAUACAAACGCUUUCUUUAAAAAUAUUUUAGAUUGACUUGACUGUAACAGUUAUUUCCUGUGAUUUAAAGUUAUCUUUUUGUUGAAGUGGAGGUUCCCUUUAAUGGUAGCUAGCCCACACCCAAGUCCGUGUCAUUCCUGUUACAGGAAGCAAAGGAUGGCAAAGCAAAAAGAGAGAAAUGAUAAACUGAGAGAGGAAAAAGAGAAACUAAAAAAAGAAAAAGAAGAGUUACAAAAACAGAAGGAGGAAGAUGAAAGCAAGAAGGUCAGUACGUUGGUAUUACAUGUAUCAUCUCAAAACGGCUGACAUUCCCUGUUCAGCAUGUGUUCAUCUGAGCCUCCUUUUGUCCUCUUUACUGAGGAGGAGAAAAAAAGACCCUGCCUGAAUCGCUUCAAGCCUUUGAGGUCACCACAGCCCGAACCUCUGGACUAGUGAAUCUUGUUUUCUCUCGUCAAACAGGUUUUUUUUAAGUGCGCGCAUCUGUUUGUGGAUAAACCGAUGGUCAUAAACGAGCCAACUGUAGCAAGCGCACGGUUAUUAGGCCUGGGUCAAAAACUUUAUCUUAGCGCUGGUUGGGUGCUGCGUAACUAACGGCGUGUGGUGUUAAAGUUUGCUGAAUGAGAAGUGCAAAGAUUCAACAUUUUUAAGCCUUAUGUCUGUUUUUGUUCCGAUUAAGUUGCAUCUUGUUUAACGGAAAGAAUCUAUCUCUAUUCUCGUUCAACAGCGUCUAACAUGUCGAACGGCCACUUGUAACAGUUCAGCAAGGCAUUUGAUCAUUAUGCGCUCUUCACCAUUUGUAAUUGUUAAACGAGGGCUGCAGCAUUUAUUGUUUAGGAAAUUUGUGAACCACCUGCUUCUGUCUGCUGCAUGUGUCUGUAGCUUGCUGCUGAGCACUUACAUGUAACAUGUGAAGUGACCAUGCUGUUUUAAGUUUUUGAAAAAUGUAAUAUUCAUUUUUUGCCAUUAUCUCAGUGCAUGGAUGGUGUUAAACUCUGAAUUUUGUUUUUCUCUUCAGCAACUGAAGCUGGAUGAACUAAACAAAAAAGGUAAAUUCUCUUUUACUGGCAAUCAGUGAUUUGCUACAAAGAAGAUCAUCAUAGUUAAAUACGCAACUUAUGCAGUUGCGAGAAGAAAGCCUGAAAAACUCAGCCUUGCCGGGAUUCGAACCCUGACUUAUGUAUUACCGGUGCAGCGCUUUACCAAUUGAGCUAGCAAGCCAACUGGGAGAUGGUCAUUAAAUUGGUUUAUAACAUACCCGGGAAAGAUAAAAGUUAAAUUGUGAUUUUAUUUUAUUUUAUUUUUACUUGCCACACAAUAAUUACGAAAAAUAAAGGAAAAGAGAGAAAAGAAGAAGUGGCAAGGAGACCUAACAGAAACUAUAGGAGCUUAUGAGAGGUUAGGCCUCCUCGAACGACGGGUUAGAGCUGUGUAACAUCAGUUAAAGAAAAGAUGGCGAAAAGUCGAAAAUAGAAAUAUUUAUGAACUGUUGUCAUAUUUACUAUUUUAUGAAUUAUAUAUAUUUCUUCGUCCCGCAGUUCAUAUAUAUGAAAUUCAUUUCUUCAUCAUUUCAAUGAUAUUUUUUAACAGUUGCUAAUGAACUGUUUGGUUUUUCGUUUCUUUAAUCGUAGAAGAUGAAACAGAAUCUUUAUGUACAACCUCUGAGGCUAUCAACAGUAACCCAGCAACUAAAGACAAGACUGACAAGCCAAAAGCAACGAAGGAUAGUCAAGAAAUGUCUGAAGUUGUUAAAGUGUUGAGGCAACGGAGAGAGGACAUGGCAAACAAAAUCGAAAGAAAGCAACAAGAAGAAAAUGAGAGGUAACAGGGUUAUUUCAGUUGUUUUUGGACUAUUAAGACAUCUCUUUGUUGUUCAUUACUAGAAUGUACACAUUCUGUUAACGAAGGCUUCUUCCCGGCAUAGUUUUUAGCAUUUACGAUGUCUUUCGUGUCAAUUACAUUAGUGUUAACAACCCAACUACGUGAGACGACGCAAACCACUUCAUAAAUGCUGAAAACCAUGCCGGAUAGAAACCUCUGCUAGCAGGGUAAAUAUGCGCUAUAGUUAACAUAUAAUUUGGUUGCAUUGAGUUACUGAAUCUUCAGACUUAUUUAACAAACUUGAAAAAUGAUUUUUCCAGAACAGUAACAUUCAUUACAGACAACUGUUAUUGAGAAGAAAUUAAAGAGAAGAAAUUUUAGUGCCGAUAUACAGACAUUCACCAUUUUUUGACAGCCGUAACGGCACUUCAAUAACAAGGCAGUAUUUUUUUUAGUCUCGAAUUUACUUCAAUGAUAACCUUUGUCAACACUCGUUCAUUUUGUGUAAAUGAAGAAGGGUUCAUUGAUAACGUUUGUACAGAAAUUCCUAAAGAUAUGUUGAACAGAUUGUGGAGAUAAUGAAAAGUAGUAAAAUUGAUUCUAUUACUCUACCCUCCUUUUUUUCGGUUAUUGACCAGCGUUGCGGUCAUAAUGCAGUGAUUGUUUCACAACAUUUGUAUGUCAUUCGAGGUGACUCUGACUAUAAAGUAGACUUUGGUACUUACAUGUCAUAUAGAAAUGUUAUUUUUUUCUAUAACCACAACCCUACAACUACUGCAUGUGCCCUAAAUCGAAAGCUCAAUUGGAAAGCUAAAAGAAAAGGAAUCUGCACUUUUUUCUUAGUAAUUUUUUACAUUGUUUAAGUGGUUGAAUUCGGUAGUGUAACGCUAAGUGGGUCCUUGUACUCACAAGCUAACUUUUCCAUCUCUUUCAGACUUGAAAAAGAAAAAGAGGACCAGUGGGAUGUGAGUGAUCAUAAUUUAAUUUAUCCGAGUAUUGUACUGUCUUGCCAAUCCCCUUGGACUUUACUAGGGCUCCUUGGAAGGUUAUCCUGAUGAUCUAAUAGACGUCUGGGGCGUCUAUUUAAGUUAGAUUAUAAUUAGCAGACUACCCAGUUCAUCCAUUGAUACUUCGUAGCCGUUUAGAGAUCCAAAAUAAACGCCUCUCUCCUUUAAACGCCUCCAAUCUAUUAAACUCCACCUCAAGGACCCCUAAAAUCAAAUAAACGCCCCGGGCGUCUAUCAGAUCAUUUACAGAGUUUGCAUUAAAUUAUUACAGAUACGUUCAUGUCAGAGUUGUCACUAAGAUUUCAAAUUCAAGUUGCCGGGUGAAUGAAUGAAGGAAUGAAUGAAUGAAUGAAGAGUCGUGGAUGAGAGGACUACAGACGUGCCCUCUUACGAUAUAUUUUAAAAUGUGAACAGUAAGUUCGGACGUCAGCACACAAAGGCGCCACCGGCAGCCGCUCUCAAUCCAUUUAUGAGCUUACUGUACCCACCAAACCCAUGAUGUGAAUGACGUAGGUGGGAAUCAAACAGCUAGAGGUUUCUUUUGGUUCUAUUUUUCUUCUCUUUUCCUUUGAAGGUAGCCGGGGAUCACGUUCACAGUAGCCGGGGGAAAUCUCCGGCCCCCACCACUUAAUGACAGUCUUGCAUGUCGUGUGUGAGAGUUUUUUAAUUGUUCCAUAAUUUUGCAGAUUCACCUGGCUCAAUGCCAAUACACUUUGAGACUAAAACCCAUUGGAUAUGACCGUAAUAACUCACGUUACUGGGUUUUCAACGGUCCAGCAUCGGGUGUUUAUAUAGAGCAAGGUUGGAAGACUAUGGAACAACAGCCUUCUCGUGUCGCUCACAAAGACAGUGUGGUGAAAGCAUCCGGAAAUCAUGGAGAAACUGAAGACAAUGAUGACGUAGCAAUAGUUGAAAUGGAAGAAGAUGAAUCCAAGAGGACAGAAAAUGAAAGCAAAGGUCAAGAAUUAAGGUAGGGAGAGGUCAUAUUAGAGACCUUUAGAUCCAAAAUGACGCUCAUUCAAGCGCGCGCACUAUUUAGUGUUGAGAUAAUCUGGUACUGGUAGUUAUCCUCUUCUUAGAAUCUAAAGGUCUCUGUUGUCAUGAUUUAGCAUUCCCUCUCGGGUUUCCAAGUCAGUUGUACCGUGUAACAAAACCCAGCUCAAGUCUUCCUAGGAACAGUGCCCCGAUCAGAGGUAAAUCAGAGAAAUACAAAAAUGUUUCAAGGUCGGGAAAAGUCAGGGAAUUUUUUUAAAAGUCGAGGCAAAUCUUUGAUAUUGUCCGAAGUCAUUGACAACUUUGGUAAUUAUAUUUUCGUUGCACACCAACUGCCGUGAAAAGCGUAAAGAGUUUGAAAAUGAAGACAGGAAUAUUCAUGGUGUACAAAAAAGCCGAAGCGAAUGUAAACGAGGAUUGUUUUUUAUUGCUAGUCACUGAAUGAAAGUAAGGAGUAAAUUGUUUAGAGCUCAGUGAAAAUUCAGGGCAAGUCAGUGCCGAAAUGUUUUAGUUUCUGAUGAACGGCAGCUCUGAGGAAGGCUUUUAAGCACCCAAUUGCUAAAGGUUUCUGUUCGGUAGUUAUGACGGCGCGAAGUGAAAUUUUGCCUUGACAAUGUUCUUUACAAUUGAACCUCCUGGUACAGGACUACAGGAUAGCUAGACUAGAAUCAAGCAGAUAACGGAUGAUAGCAUAUUUGUCUUUUUCGACAGCUAUCCUGAUAUUCCUUACAGCUGGUCAUGUUAUGAUACCGUGGAAGAUGUUCAAGCAUUGCUAGAAAGUUUAGCAACUCAGGGCAUAAGAGAGAGUGCUCUAAAGAAGUCACUCUGUGAAAAAAUGACAUGCAUUACUGAUGGCAUUAAAAGGUUUGUAAAACUCAUAGUUUGAAACCCGUCAGAUGCGAUAGAACUAACAUACUUGAAAUCAUUCAUGACACACGGCACUAAAAAAAUUUCAGCUGCGACAUUUGUGUAUAAGGCUGUGUUGGGCUUUGUAGUGGCUUUGCUUCAAGAUAAUUAUUUCUCUGGGUUUGCGGGAAUAUUAUCUUUCCUCAAGAAACUUGGGUUGUGUGACAAUCCGUAGCUUGAGAGUGGUAAGUUAGAAAGUGUUGUUUCACCUUCGUUAAAGUAACUUAAGUAAUCAGAGACAAUCUAUUUUCUUACUAUCCUUACUUAUUACUUUUGUUUUAUAUUUUCGAGCAGAGAAACCAACCGUGGUAAACGUCCUACAAAAUCAGAAACAGGCGAAGAAGAUAUUUUCAGCUCCAUUAAAGAGGUUUGAAACAGAAAUGUGUUUGUCGCGUCUGGUGUUUGCCUUUGUCUUUGCAUAGUUAUCGCAACCGUUUUUUUUUUUGUUAUUAGCAAUUAAGAACUACCAAAAAUGUACUCUUUUUUACUAACAAUUCCAAAGGUUUUGUAGUUUUAAUUAAAACAUUCCCACUCUUUCUGCUAAUAUUUUUCGGUCAUAUGCAGUCGUGGACAUUAAUAUGCCUUGACAGAGAUGUAUGAUCGUGAUUUGUUCGCCUUGUUCUAAUUAUAAAUUUUUUAGUGUAAUUACAUUACAUGCUUUGAUUGGUUCUAUGGCCAUUUUAGAUCACCUUAUUACAUAAAAGCAAAGGGUCUGAGGCUUUAUGCUACUCUCAUUUUCCCUACAAUGCUGUUCUUGAAAUUUUCAAGCAUGACUUAAGUGUUGGCGUAUUUUAAUAGUACUCGCGAUACACCUCUUGUAUACGAUUGAGAUAUCUCGCGGGUGUACUCCCUUAUAUGGUUAUUUCUGAUCAAAAAAGAAAAUAAAUUAUCGCAAAUAACAUACGAUGAUAUAAAAUAUAUGAUACAAGACAGCGCACAUUUUGUCCUUUGUCCUAAACAGUGUCAUAAAAUUAAGGUUGUCGUCCUAAACAGGGUACAUAUUUUAGGAUUUUUUUUGUCCUAAACAGGGUAAGGGGUUUUAAACCCUCAGCAGCUCACCUAUACCCAAAUAUCAGUGAAAUAUUGGUCAAGUACCCCAAGGAGAUAUCUCUGCAAUUUCUUCAAAGUCUCUCCAUACCUCGUAAUAUCAUUAAAUAAUCUUCACUCUAAUCUUAACCACCCUCACGUCCUUUCUGUUCAUUUAUGUCAAGUCUUGUGAGGUUACCGUUUUACUGAAGCGCGUUUUCUCUUAACAGGAGUUGGUGAGCAUUGCUGAGAGCCUCGUGAAUGGCAACUUGGCCAUCCUUGAUUACACUGGCCUGGAAAAAUAUAAACAAGCCGUACAUCAAGCGUCAUGUGUGAGAGAUUUGGUAAGUAUGGCUUGCUUUGAAACUUAAUUUAAUCCAGUAAGUUGGCAAUGAAACGAAGGUAGCCCUUAGUCAAAGCCAGCGAUUUCCCUCAUUUCUUUACAGUCGCCUGUUAAAAACGAAGGGCUCGAAAAACGUACCGUCCGGUAGCCUUGGACAAGUGCUUUAAAAGCUUACUUGCCCAAUGGGUGUCGGUGAGGGUACAGCCAGGUCAUCCCGCUAUAAAAAAAAACCAUUAGGAAGCUUAAGCAACGAAGAACGGCAAAAACGAGGAAUUGGCAAAAAAAACCCAAGCUUUUUUUGUAGGUUUGAAGACGUUUUUCGGGGAUAGGAACACAAAACAACAACUUUUUGCAGGCGCAAAAAGGGAGGGGAGGGGAGGGAGAAAGGGAAAAGGGAACAUCUAAGAGCCUAUGUUUUUUUUUGUACAGUCCGAUUACGCUUACUGUCAAUCAAGUGUUAUCGCCAUUGCGAAAAACAUCACACUCACGCAUGUUAUUCAGAGCUAGAAGGCACUUUGGAGAAAAUUGGAAAUAUUCAGCCGUAAUAAAAAAAGCUUUUCAAAAGAGGUCAAAGAAAUUGGGAUCAGAGGGCAAAUCCUGCCGACCAGAAAACAAUAAAAGUCAAUCGAUUUUUUGACCUUUUGAGACCUGCUAAAAUAACAUUUGCUCAGUAUAAAUGCAGAAUACAAUCCCAGAUAAAAACAAUUUUAUUGGAAUUAGAAUUUUGGCAUGAGGUAAAACCACCCUCUUUUAUUGCAAAGAAAUUCAUCGUUCGAUAAAUUUAAACGAAUUAAACGAGAUUCCAUGCAAAUGGUCUUCGAUAAACUUUUUGAGGCGAAAUGACGAGAAUCGAAUUUACUUUUUAGCUCGUAGUUUUCUCGCGUACAAACGUCUUUGGUUAAAUUAAACUCUUGCCGUAUCCGGAAGCAAAACCGCCAGAACAUUUCUGUCGGCUAAAAAGCCGUUCGCUGAUUUUUGCUCUGGUUUUAAAACAGUUUCUCUACCACUAGAUAAAUUCUCAUCUCUCAAAGCGCUCUCUACGACAUCCACGUCUACCGCUGCCAUCUCGACUGUUUGUUGAUUUGUGAAACGCGCAUUUCAAUAUGUUACUCAUUACGGCUCAGAAAGACAAACUAGAUAUUCAAAAGGGGUUCUUGUUGUUUUUUUUUUUUCCGAGCCCAAAGAAAUUUGCGAACAUUUGACGAAUUAAACGAGAUGGAAUAAUUUUGAAAAGUUUGAGGCAGCGCGAAUUCAGUCAGCCGUAACGUCGUUUAAUUCUGAGACGGAAGUGCGACGUGCUUGCUCGAAAGACAAACUAGAAAAAGCCCUGAAGGCGAACUCCUAAAAGAAUUUUGAAAAGCUGAAGUCAAUGACCGUUAAUUCUAACGGUACUUGGUAGAAAAACUGUGGGCAAAUUGAGAGUUUGGGGUUUUGUGAGUAGUGCAAUCACCAUACCCUGAAACGCGGUACGGUACAACCAGAAAAGACUGUACGAAAAACUACGUCAACACAAGAAGCUAGACGAACAAUGAUAGCUUUACUGACAGUAAAGUUUGGAUAAGUAUAGUGUCAACGUACGUAGAAUUGUUAUCAACCAUCCAUGUGCAAUCCUUUUCAUCUUUCUCUUUGUGUUGUGUUUAGGCGUCCCAACUUGAGAAGUUGUUGACAUUUGUGUUGCCACAGUUCUAUCAAGGAAUUUUCUCUAAAGACAAAGCCAACUCCGAACAAGCUAAACAAAAAUGGCUGGAGGAAGUGAAAAAGGCAACAACUGUAUCUCGUCUUCACCUGCUCCAUGAACUUUUAGAUUCAACCGUGAUCUGGGAUAUGUCAGCGGAAAAUAUCGUAAGUAUUACGGAAAGUAUCAUUUAGUGUAAAAGUAACUAUCGGUUAAUUGUCGAAAGCUUUGAGUUUACCCAGUGCAAAGUUUCACAUGGUUGAACCGAUUUUAUUUCUUUUGUUAUAUAUUUCUAUUUAUUUUUGUCUCCCUCUCCUUCCGCACCGUAUGAGUGAAUAGGGAGUUUAAGAUACCACGAUGGCGACGGCCACGAAAACGUCACUUAAAAAGUGAAUUGCGAACUCUUUUUGAGCCAAAUUUCUAAGAACCAUAUUCAAGGUCAGAAAGAGAAGGAAAAUUAGCCGUCGCUGGUUUACGUCUUCCAUAAAACGUGAAAUUAGGCAUUUUCCCGUCGUAGUCGAGCAGGGACGGCAAAAAAAUGUACAAAAAAGCACGAUGCACCUGCAGAGUUCAGUGUUUUUUUCCUUAUUCAACCUAUUACGUUUUUGACGUUCCCGUUGUCGUCGCCGUCGUGGCGUCCCUAAUUUACCAAUCGCCACUUUAGAAACGAGAGGAAACCUGUGCGAGUUGUUUUUCGCAGGGUCUUUUGGGACUGUUACUAAGUACAUGGAAAAGAAAAUCGUCCAAUAGCUGACCGGCGCGUCGCCAGGAACGAUCCCAAUAACAACUGCGGGAUACAUUUCAGCUUCAGUUCCCUCCUUGUUUUUAAAGUGGCGAAUUUGAUUUACCUUAUGAAUUUUUAUAGUUAAACUUGCUGUUUCUUUUUCUGUUUUCUGUCUCCAGAGAUGUAAAGUUUGCCGCUCCAAAGCAGUUGGUAAAACUUUGAUCUUGUGUGACGAGUGUAAUUUAGGUUAUCAUCUUCAGUGCCUGCGGCCAGCGUUAUCUGAAGUGCCUGAGGGUCAUUGGAGUUGCCCUUUUUGCAAGGUAGCAAGCUUAAGCUUAGUCCGCAGGUUUCGAUCGUUCUGAGCUUUCCGCCCAGCGCACUAAGAGAUAACGAGUAUCGGCAAUAGCCAAAGCGAUCCACCAUCUCUCCUCCUAGAGUAUCUGUCCUAACAUUGGUGGUGUUUCAGCAACCACGUAGACGACUAGCUGCGAUGAAAAUAGCACACCAAAAGUAGUUUUUCUAAGCAAUGUUAGAGAUGUUCAGUUUAUGUAAAAGAAUAUGUUAUUCUCUCUUAUGAAAGAUUUAGCGCUGAAAACAUAUCAGCUUUUGAAUGUUUGUUUCGGUACUUCCCCACCGAAGUAGCACUGUAAGGUGGUCAGAUUCUUCUACUUGUCUGUGACGAAACUUUUAAUAUUUAGUAGUGAUUUUAUCUCUUUAGUGUUCAAGUCAUGCUUCUAUCAGUCUCUUUCUGUUUCAUGUAAAUCGGCCGGGCAUAUUCUUUCUUUAAACUUCGAAAACCUUAACUAACGUACCUUUUUUCAUGUUAUGAGCAGCCGACUGUGAGGCAAAGUAGCCGAUCUGAUGCCAAGAACUAUAAAGAAGAAAGUGGCAGUGAAGUAGAAGAUGAUGAUGAUGAGGUAUUUGAUUAUUAUGAAUUCGUUUUUUCGAUAAACACACAACAACAAGUUUAUUUGAAUAUGCAAAACAAAAGUACAGUAAAUGAUUUUACUCAGAUAGCUUCCAUUCUAACGGUCAAUUGAUUAUUCUGUUUGUUUUCCUGUCUGUUUCCCGUCAGUAUCAUGUCACUGUUAUCCAAAAGUGAACUUACUAGGAAACAGACACUGUAAAGCUACAUCAACAAAGCGGCACUAAGAAUCAUGCGGUUACUGUUAGUGGUGCAAAUUAAGGGUCGUAUCACAAGCUGAUUCGGACACUCGCAGUGAAAAAUAAUAAUGAAAAAAUUGACAGUGCAAGUUUGUUCAAAUUUGUUAUUUUUUCAAGAUAGCUAGUUCAAUUAGCUUUAAUUUGAUAUAGGUAUUCAGGUAUCUGCAGUUUAACCCGCGGAACGCGCUACCUCAUUUGUACGUGAGACACCCCUGAAGGUAACCGGUAACCGUAACUGAAGCUUGUUUUGUUGUUGGUUUGCCAGGUCAGUGAUGCGAGUUUGGAAGAAAAUGAAGAUUAUUGUCACACUUGCGGAGAAGACGGCGAACUAGUUUGCUGUGACACCUGUCCCUUAGUUUUUCACAAAGACUGUCACCAGCCCCCUCUCAGAAAAAUACCACGGUAAGCACGUGUUUAUCACGCCUGUAUCACAUUUGAUGUCAAUCAUUCACCUCUGUCACGAAUGUUUUCGCAUCUGGGACUCCACGGUUGAGGCUCAUUAGAAGUGAACGUUUUCACGUAACUACUAGAACGAUGAUGAGAAUGAGUAGGUUCAUUGGUUCAUGUGACAAACAUCCUGAACACUGCUCGGGAAACGUCAGAUUGAAAUCAGAUAGCGUUCAUACCAUCCAUCGACUUUCCAGUCCUAGCAUGUUCACACCUCUUCUAAAGUGGUGAACUCUGACCAACCGAGCGCAGCACCAUGGUUUCUACUAACCCUCUCAUAUAUGUGUACUUCUGCUAUAGAGGAGCUUGGAGCUGUUGGCAGUGUCGCCAGCCGAAGAACAAGAAACAGAAGAAUAAUAAAAAAGGUAUCCAAUCUGAUUUUUAUUAAAUGAUGUUGCUUAAGUUCAUAAGACAUUGUUUGUUUAACUGACUGAAUUUCUGAUAAAGUGAGUUUUAGGUAGGUUUGACUGAUUGUACUCUGUACUCUGUACAGAAAGAUUGUUAUACUGAAAUAUUUUCCACGGCUUUGAUUUGAAAGCCACCACAAUGCGACAUUGUAUAUGAAUAUUGUUUGCCAGCCAUUAUUCAGGGGCACCCAACGAGGAUAUAGUUCAAAACCACUUAACAUAGCAUUGUUGAACGUAUUUUAGUAUUUAAACGGUAGAUAUAGGCAUAUUUUUAUCCUCUUAAAACUUAUCAACUGUUCGGAUUUCCUAGAUGAAAGUCUACUGAUCCGAAAAUUAUAGGGAUAAAAACUUACCUUCUCGAAAAUUUCAGCCGGGAAAAGGCUCCCGAAAAUUCUAGGUGGCCUUUUUUAGGGUCAAAAUCCGUUAAAAAUGGGUAAUUAUACCAUUUUGUAGAUGUUCGAAAAUCCUAGGAGAGGCAGGCAAGCAAGAUAUUUUACAACAAACGCUCCGAAAAUUCUAGAUCUCAAAUCGUCUUCCGAACAGAUAUUUUCCCGAAAAUUGCCGUUGGGUGCCCAAGAUUAUUGCAGAUUUAAUAUAACUAGUAGUAGUUGACACUACAGCUGCCCCCGUUCUUUAUAUUGUCGGUCAGUAGUAUUCUUGCUGGUUGCGUAGCUCUUUGAAAUAUACCGAUUCAUAAUGACAGUAAUGAAGAUUUUCACACAUAUUCCUUACAAUAGGUGAGAUAAAUACAGGAAACGCAAGGUUCCAUGCACAGUUUCAGCUCGAUUUACACAGCUUUGAUCAAACCAUUCUCAGUUUUGAGAAUAGUUUAUUCUAAACCAUAAGAAAAGAUUUAAUUAGAAGUUGAAUUUUUCGCUAUUUCUCUUUCCCUUUUUACAUUCAGUUUAUUUCAUUUGCCGGAAAGUAAGCCUUAGAAAUUAAAAGGACGUUUGAUCGAUUCACACUAGCGCAUUCUAGUCUUAAUUGAAACUUUAGAACGGAAGAACAUCUGUGAGCAGGGAAUAAGUCAGCGCACAAUUUGAUUGUCGACGAAUUUCUGUAAAUGUCCAUCAAUCUGCUAGUGAUAAGCUAGCCGUUGUUCACUGGUCUUGCUUGUUUGGGGCUGAGUCUUAUUCCGGUCAAAGAGAGAGAAAGAGUGUCUGGCAAGGUUUCCAAUAGAAAUCAAAGAUUUGUGAACUCGUGUCUGGCAAACUCUCCAAGUGUUUAUAUAUACACAGUUAAACGCAUCUUAUAACCUCCCCUGCGCUUAACGAGUGUCUUUUGGUCCAUAACUUUCAAAACAACUGCUCCACAGAAUGUCACUGCGUGACGCAAAAGAGUAUCGAAGUAUGACUGCACAAUAAAUGCCACAAAAUCUACCUGAGCGGUCCCUUCGGGAUUUUCUGCCUUUACGUUAUCCUAACCAUUUCGUACUUGCGGGCGCAAACAAUAGAAACGUCAUCAUUACCUACCGAUUCCUCGCGGCCCCAGUUCGAGCAAAUCGAGAUUUUUUUCUAGUGUACUGACUACAUAUUUGAACUGUAAGUACUGUCCUUAAUAUACGCGCCAGUUACUAGGGUGCCUCCUCGGGAUUUCGCCUCUGGGCGAAAUCCCUGCGGGGGUAAUAAAUACGCAGGCGAGUAUUAAUACUAUUUAUUCUUGUUCAGGAAUACGGUUAAUUGAACCGAGCCCUAAUAAUUAAUAUAGAAAUAAAAAUUUGUUAAGAUGACUGGUGACUGAUAUUCAACUUAUGUUUAAUAAUAGUUGACAUGAAAACGUCAAAGGCAGCUCGGAGCAAGAUUGCCGGUAGACAUACAAAGCAAGUGGAAAGUUCUCAAGGAAAGAAGAUCACAAGAAAACGAUCACGCUCGCUAAGCUCUGAGGAGUCUGGCCACCAGGUAGUGUCAAAGCGAACUCGACGGAAACAUCAGCCAGAAGCGAGCAAUGACGUCAGUACACGUAACACGAGACGCCGAACACGUGCUUAUAUCGAAUCCGACGACGACGAGGAACAACUGGAUUCCAAUGUUAAAUCCUUUUAUGGUCGCUCUUUGAGGCGAACGCGUCAACAGAAAGUUUCCUCCGAAGGUAAAUAUUGGAUCAUUUAAUAUAUAUAUAUAUAUAUAUAUAUUUUUUUGCUAAUGAGAUAUGGCAUAAUGAUCUACGUGCUUUUGAAAGCGAAGCGGGUGGAAAAAACUACAAGUGUUUUUUUAUAAAAGAAGAUGGAGGAGCUCAAUUUUAAUGCAUUCACGGAAAUGUUCAUAUUUCACAAUUUUGAACUGUAGUAUUGAAUGUUCCUCUACCCGCUGAAUGAUAAACUCAGGAGCUCUACUGAGUGGAGAAGACAGCGUUAGACAUAUACUGUAACGAUCAGUUUCGUUGCUGAAGGCCUUUCCUCUCCAAUCUGUAAUGUAUAAACGAGCCUUUCAAUGUUCAUUCUGGAUAUUGUUGACAGAUUAUUCUGACGAUGGCGAUGAGUGUAAUAGUGAAACAGAAGUUAGGACAAACCGCAAAAAGACUAGACGAAAUGCUGGCAGUCGUCACAGCGUGUCUGCUCGAAGAUCUACGAGGAAACAACGGCGUAUCUCCGACUCUUCUGAAGAUCAUGACGAUGAUACCGAAGAUGUCCGACAGGUCACGAAUCAGCGAACAUCAAGGAGUAAAGCAAAGCGUGGCUCAAAACAGGUUUCGACCUCGAUUGACGAGUCCGAUGAGAGUGGACGUGAUAACAAGUCCAAGAGGAGCAGUAGAUCCAAUAAGCAAGCGGUCAAUGGAAAACACACUAGUAAGAGGAACAAGCGCGGUGCGGAAAAAAAGUGCCAGGAAGAAACUGAAAUAAGUAAUGACGACAAGAAAGGCAGAAUGAAGAAAAGUGACAAGGAUAAAGGACAAAGCAAGGCCAAGCUUAGAAACAGGUAAACUGGAGAAAUUUUGUGUAAUGCGGCGUGCUAGCUAACUUGAGAAUGAAAUUUCGGUUUGUUUUUGUCCUUUUAUCAUUCAUCGCAAUACAGUAAAAAUCCACGUAAAAACCUAUACUUUUGCAAGUUACCUAAGAGGUUCUAAGAAUUUGAAAGGUUAUUCAGCGUUUUACUUUGAUAUAUGAGAGCGAACUAAAAAUUAGCUUGCGAGCAAGUGGGGGAAAGACCUCGCUUGCAGGCUAAGUAAACGGGAGAAUUAAAUUGUACUCAGUGUGGCUCUAUUUGUUAGCUCUACAGCCAAGGAGGGACAGAAAGAAGCAAGAAACACCAGAAGCAAGACACAAGACAACAACAAAGACAAACGGAGUCGAGUGAGCUUAGAAGUAAGUUCUGUCUCUUCUUGGCACCUGCUUUCAACUCCUUCAUUUCGCUACUCCUUCCUCUCUCGCCAUGUUGUGGAUCAUUUUGUACGACAGCUCUUUGAGACGAACAAAUUUUAUCAAGGAACACUAACCAUAAUAAUUUAUUUGGUGAUUUUUGCAGGCGUAGCAUUAAAACUUGGAAGACGUUGGCCCAAACUUUUUCAAGUUUUAAUCCCAUGUCCCCUGAUCCUUGCCAUGCGUGUCAAUAGACCACAGGAAACAGCGUCAAUGCCUAAAUAUAAUCGUGAAUGACAAAAUUGGACCAUUGUUUUUUGGACUUCAAUUGAUGCGAACAAGGUUUUAGCUUUUUAAAAAGAUAGCAGAUAGCCCCUUUAAGUCGCGGCAAAAAUAAAAGAAAAGACAGUUAAAGAAUCAUCUUUUUCUGUCGGCCCACUUUUUCUCCAUAAUGCUGCUUACUGCGCCAAAACGUUUAUGCUUACUUAUUGCGUUUUGUUGCAUCAGGUUUUCUCUGGUGUAUUGUAGUAAAAGACACGUUCUAUUACUAACAAAACGACUUUUUUCAAAGCACAGAUGAGAUCUUAUACGCUUUCUUUAUAUUUAGAUGAAUGCCUGUGAGAAAAUUCUACGUGAUGUUCUUCUUCAUGAGGACAGCUGGCCUUUUGCUGAAGCUGUUAAUCUCCGCGAGGUAGGCUAUCAACCUGCGGCAUCGAAAAGAGUCUGUGUUUCAAUUAUUCCUUGAGGCUGUUAUGCCAAUAAUAAGCUGGAUAAAUCACUGAUAUCUGUUCAAUGUAGUAGCAAUGAGGAGGAAAACAAUAGCAACUUACGUUUUCUAAAACGGAUUGGACGCAAAAAUAACAUUUUAUGACUUUUAUUGUUUAUAUAGCGGUGAAAGUAUCGAAGUUCUUAGUCUAACUUCAUUAACUCUGUUUCAACUGUUCUAACUUGAAAGCGAGUUUAUGUUAGUCUAAUUUUUAUCGCUCUCUAGGUUCCAGACUAUUUGCAAUUCGUAACCACCCCCAUGGACCUGGGCACAAUCCGUGAAAAACUCAAGUGCUUGGAGUACCCGGACGUGGAAAGCUUUGUGGCAGACGUACGACUUGUGUUUUCUAACAGUGACAAAUACAACCUGGUAAUUACACGCUUAAGCUUGCUAGACUUUAAAACUACCUGCAGUGUCUUGAACCUCCCGACAAAGGCCACCUUGGGGACAAAAGGAAGUGACCUUUGUAGAGAGGUUUAA